CACCAUCAGCCACAACUGCAGAGUCCUCCAUGAGUAAAGAUGUCUCAGGUGUUCUAUUUAUUUGUUGUUAUUUCCUCCGCUAUUUUAAAUUUUAUAGGAAUCAUUAUGAGUCUGUUUAUUUCAGUGGUUAGCUACAGAACUUGGGUCAAAAGCCACAGAAUCUCUUCUUCUGAUAGAAUCCUGUUCAGCUUGGGCAUCACCAGAUUUCUUAUGGUAGUAUUGUUUCUACUGAACAUCAUCUACCUCAGCUCUCCACAUGUUGAAAGGUCAGUCUACCUGUCUACUUUUCUACUGUUGUGUUGGAUGUUUCUGGACUCUAGCAGUCUCUGGUUUGUGACUUUGCUCAACAGCUUGUACUGUGUGAAGAUUACCAGCUUCCAACACUGGGUGUUUCUCUCGCUGAAGCGGAAUAUCUUCUCCCAAACUCCCAGGCUGCUGCUGGCCUGUGUGCUGAUUUCUGCCUUUACCACUCUCCUGUAUGUGGUACUUAGCCAGAUGUCAUCUUUUUCUGAAUUUGUGAGCAGGAGAAAUGGCACAUCAUUUGACGUCAAUGAGAGCAUCUUGUCUUUGGUGGCUUCUUUGGUCUUGAGCUCGUUUCUUCAGUUCGUCAUUAAUGUAACUUCUGCUUCCUUGUUAAUACAUUCCUUGAGAAGACAUAUACGGACGAUGCAGAGAAAUGCCACUGGAUUUUGGAAUCCCCAGACUGAAGCUCAUGUAGGGGCUAUGAAGCUGAUGAUCUAUUUCCUUAUCCUCUACAUCCCGUAUUCAGUUGCUACUCUGAUCCAUUAUCUCCCUUCUUUUACGGGGAUGAAUUUGGGAACCAAAGCCAUUUGUUUUUUUAUUGCCACCAUUUACCCUCCUGGGCAUUCUGUUCUUAUUAUUCUCUCACAUCCUAAACUGAAAACAAAAAUGAAGAAGAUUAUUUGUUUCAACAAAUAA